AUGGAAGAGGUACUCGAUCGGCCAUCUUUGAACCCCUUCCAGUUUGAUCCCACGCGUUUAGCUCAAGACUCUCAGAGGCUCUCCCGGCGCGACGCAAUGAGUGUCCAGCUCCAGAUCCUGAACCAGCCACUCGGUGAGCCCAUCGCUUCGCGGAUCCCGGAUCCCUUCGAUGCGACCUCCCGGCACGCCUCCGCGGUUGUUCCGCGAGGGCUGCGUGCGGAGAUUCCGGAGGAGUUGAAGGACCACGUGCAAGCGGAGGAGUACCAAGAUCUCAAGGAGCAGGUGGACGGGGCCUUCCAAGCCUUGGCUCUGGCGGCCAAGCGCCUCAGGCCUCUCCGCCUCUGCCUCUACACCAUCCAGUCUUUGAUCUUGGUCUCAAUCGUGGCCAUCGCCUUGCUGGAUCUCUUCUUCGACGAGGAUCUGGAGUUGGCCGUCUACGUGGCGGAGGCGGUGGUUGUGGCAGGGGGCACCUUCGGCGUUCUGCUGGGCAUGGCUCUGCUGCAUCGGCGCUUGGCCAGUGCCUCGCAGACCUGCGAGCAGAGGCUGCAGGAGGUGCUCAAUGAGAAGAGCGCCCAGCUGCGCUUGCUGACGCUGAAGCUCAACAGCCGGCCGCAAGCUUGGUCUGUGCCCAAGUUCGGCAUGACCGUUCAGCCGGACAUGCAGGAGUUCCUGGCCUUGACCAAGGCCAGGGUGGAAGAUUUGGGAACCUCGGUGGGCACAGAGAGCACGCAGACCGACGACGCCCUGGAACGCGACGACGCCAAGGAAGGCGACACCAAGGAAGGCGACGCCAAGGAUGGCGACGCCAAGGACGGUGACGCCGAGGAAGGCGACGCCGAGGAAGGCGCUGAGGAGUCCCACGAGUCCAAGAAGCGCACGGUGGUGGGUGUUUGA